AUGCCACGCAGACAAAACAACUCAAGACUCAACGCCAGACACGUCGAUCAGUUACAAAGAGAGACGGGAUACCCGCACAAUAUUGUGAAGAUCACCUACUACGAUUCAAAAAAGAAUGUGGACUUGGCUAGAAAGGAAUUGGGAUUUGGGAAGAAAGCAACUUACUCCUUUCGGAACCUGUUCAUUGGUAAUGUUUCAAGCAAUGAGUAUGUCUUCAAAGGUGUCACAGCCAAAAUGGUCAAUGAAUCAUUCGGAAUCUUUGACGCUAUGGAUCAACUGCAAUCCCUUCAAGACAAGUACCUUCAAAAUGGAAAAUAUGGGAUUUCCAAUUACUGGAUAGCUCAUAAUUUUUUGCUUAAUGAAGGAAGUUUUCUCAGGACAACUACCUACUUGAAAGAGGACAAGAUUCGGCGGGUUACAAUCAGAUGUCUUCAUAACUCCGAAUCCGAUGUUAGCCAAAUUGUGCGCCAGAGAAAUAUUUCUCUGGACGAUUUGUUCAACAUCCCAGUUGAGCAUCUGAAAUUCGACCUCCACUGGUUUAGUUGUAUGAAAGCUUUGGAAUACGUGAAGGAAAUUGUGGAAAAGAUGAACUCCGGCUCUCCACAUCUAUACCAUCGGAGCGUUGAUAUCCAGCUGCUCACUGGUGUGGGUAACCAUUCUGUAAAUAGUGCGUCAAUCAUCCGGGAAGCGCUUCAGAAGGAGUACGGACUCCAUAUCAAGGUGGAUGGCGGCAAUCCGGGAGUUUUGAUUUUGACCAUUCCAAAGAAACCAACGUAUAGUGAUGCUAUCAGGUGUUAG